UAAGCGUAGCUGUUCUGGUAAUUGUCCAGCUCUGCAGAGCUGCUGCAAGUCGGGGCUCGUUUCUGCAAACACUGGAGAGUAGUGAUUUUUUUUACUGUACGGAUUAAGCACUGCUUGAAUGCACCGGUUACCCGGGUUAAUGUGCUACAUUACAGCAGUAAGAGUGUAGUAUCCUCAGCUGGAAGGAAAUCUGAGGUGACUAACGCAUAUACCUUUUGGAGUAUCUGGCAAAUUUGAAGUGGAACACUGUUGACAGAAGGAAUUUUGGUGAGAAUACUAUGGCGCUGUCAUUUAAGAAGGAAUUAGAAAAGUACAAGGACAUCGAUGAGGAUGAAAUUCUCAAUAAACUCUCUGAGGAUGAACUAAAACAGCUUGAAAAUGCACUGGAGGAAUUAGAUCCAGAGAAUGCACUGUUGCCUGUAGGCUUACGCCAGAAGGACCAAACCGCCAAACGAGCCACAGGGCCUUUUGACCGUGAACGGCUUCUUGCAUUUCUGGAGAAACAGGCAAUGGAAUGCAAAGACAGAGAAGACUGUGUUCCUUUCACUGGAGAGAAGAAAGGUAAAACAUUUGUCCCCAGGCACAAACCUGUAGAGAUUCGCAGAGAAGAAAAAGUUACCCUGGACAAAGAACUGGAAGAAGCUCUUGCUGGUGCUACAGAUACUGAACUCUGUGACCUUGCAGCUGUUCUUGGAGUACAGAAUGUACUAAGUGGCACACAGUCUUACGGUGGAACUGGAAGCAGCAAUGCUGUCAGCAGUGUUAUCAAAGGUGAGAAGGCUAAACCUAUUGUUGACGAACCACCAAAUCCAACAAACGUGGAAGAGUGUUUGCAAAGGAUCAAAGCCAAUGAUCCUGGACUGACUGAUAUUAACUUGAAUAACAUUAAGAACAUUCCAAUUCCUACACUAAAGGACUUUGCAAAAGCACUGGAAUCCAAUACUCAUGUGAAGUCACUCACUCUUGCAGCAACUCGAAGCAAUGACCCUGUUGCUAUUGCACUUGCAGAAAUGUUGAGAAAAAAUAAAACAUUGAAACAUCUUAAUGUGGAAUCCAACUUCAUCACUGGUACUGGAAUCCAGGCACUAACAGAGGCACUGAGAGAUAAUGAAACCUUAACAGAAAUCAAAAUCGAUAACCAGCGGCAACAGCUGGGCACCACUGUGGAAAUGGAAAUUGCCAAAAUGCUGGAAGAAAACACAACCAUCACUAAGUUUGGAUACCACUUUACACAGCAGGGACCUCGGGCCAGGGCAGCAGCUGCCAUCACAAAGAACAGUGACUUAGUUCGCAGAAAACGACUGGAAGCUGAACACCACUAGUUUAUGCUAUGCUCAGAAACAGCAUGUCAAACAUCUUUUCAAGGCACACUGUCUAGCCUCAAUGGCAACCAUCUCAGACUUGAAGAGAUCUGACAUGCAUAAGAAGACUGGAAUUCCUGACUGUUUCUCAAGCAGUGCAUUCAAAAAAUCGCAGCAGCAAUGCAUUCCAGCUGUCUGUUUUAUUUUGUUAUUUUAGUUGCAUCCCACAUCUUUGCAGUAGUUUCAAAUUGUGUAAAGGAAUACCUGUUAAGAUGGCACUUUAAGGUUUAUAAUAUUUUCUAUUAGGAAAAGAUUUGAAGAAUUCGUAAUCCAUGUUUUAAGUAGCGCCAUCACAUUUGCACAAUAAUAACUUAAACAAAUAAAUGUGCAGUCAAAAUUAAAAGUCUCAUUUUUGAGGCUUUAUUAGAAUAAACAUGAGUAUCUCAGAUGCAUAUAAAAUUAUAUCUGACCAAACUCUUCUUACUCUUGCUUAUAUGUUGUAACAAAGUCUUAAAUGGAAUACUUAUGUUAAAACGUAAUGAUGGUAUUCACAUUUAGAACAAGUCAUAAAUGGAAUACUUAUGUUAAAAUGUAAUGAUGGUAUUCACAUUUAGAACAAGUCAUAAAUGGAAUACUUAUGUUAAAAUGUAAUGAUGGUAUUCACAUUUAGAACAAGUCAUAAAUGGAAUACUUAUGUUAAAAUGUAAUGAUGGUAUUCACAUUUAGAACAAGUCUUAAAUGGAAUACUUAUGUUAAAAUGUAAUGAUGGUAUUCACAUUUAGAACAAGUCUUAAAUGGAAUACUUAUGUUAAAACGUAAUGAUGGUAUUCACAUUUAGAACAAGUCAUAAAUGGAAUACUUUUGUUAAAAUGUAAUGAUGGUAUUCACAUUUAGAACAAGUCAUAAAUGGAAUACUUAUGUUAAAACGUAAUGAUGGUAUUCACAUUUAGAACAAGUCAUAAAUGGAAUACUUAUGUUAAAACGUAAUGAUGGUAUUCACAUUUAGAACAAGUCUUAAAUGGAAUACUUAUGUUAAAAUGUAGUGAUGGUAUUCACAUUUAGAACAAGUCUUAAAUUGAAUACUUAUGUUAAAACGUAAUGAUGGUAUUCACAUUUAGAACAAGUCAUAAAUGGAAUACUUAUGUUAAAACGUAAUGAUGGUAUUCACAUUUAGAACAAGUCUUAAAUGGAAUACUUAUGUUAAAAUGUAAUGAUGGUAUUCAUAUUUAGAACAAGUCUUAAAUGGAAUACUUAUGUUAAAAUGUAAUGGUAAUAUUCAUAUUUAGAGCCAGUCUUAAAUGAAAUACUUUAUGUUAAAAUGUAAUUAUAUUAUUCACAUUUAGAAUAAGUCAUAAAUGGAAUACUUUAUAUUAAAAUGUAAUGAUAGUAUUCAUAUUUAGAAGAUGAAUUAUGCGAAUGUGGACAUAUCCGGACAGUUUUGUGUUCUUUUAUUUUAGUGAAAACAUACAUGUAUACAUGUAUUAAUCCAUAUUGUUUCUGAAGUUGUUGUUGCCAAUUUUUUAUGUUUCUUUUUUACAAGAACUGAAAUGCAUGAUAAUGAUAAAAUCAGUUGUGUUUUUUAUCAUGUUAAUUUUAAAGACUUCUAGAUACUGUCUGAAUAGUAACAACAAAGCUAAAGUAUCUAACUGCUUCACUAGUUGCAUUUCUGUGUUCUGGGUGGGCAUGUUGAGAACUGAGUAGUGUUCUUAAUGCUUCAUACUAGAUAUCAGACAACUAAUACCUUUCCAUCACAGUCAGAACUUUUAUUGAUGUUUUUAGUAUACCUCAUUUCCAGAAAGCUGUAAUUUGAAAGCAGGUGUAUUAUGAAAUUGAUGCAAGAAUAAUAUUUUAUGUCCAUUA